AUCUGUGCGCAGGUAUCUGUAAGCGGCGUACUCUGAACCGGGUGAACCCUCGAUAGUAAAUAUUAUUGCACUUUUACGUGUUUGAACUUUUCACCUUCCAUAUAUAAAAGGUUUAAAAUAGCAUGUCGCCACACUACAAGCUGAUGUAUUUCAAUGCCAGAGGGCGGGCGGAGCACAUUCGUUUCAUUUUCGCUUAUGCCGGAGUUGAAUACGAGGAUGAGAGGAUUCCCAGAGAAAAAUGGCCCGAAGUAAAGAAAAGAACACCAUUUGGAAUGCUUCCUGUUCUGGAGGUUGACGGAAAGCCAGUCGCUCAGAGCAUUGCGGUGGCGAGGUAUUUAGCCAGGCAGUUCGGUUUAGCGGGUCAGAACGAAUGGGAGUCUUUGCAAUGCGACGUCCUCGUCGACACUCUAGGGGACCUCAAGCAAGGAAUUGCCCAAUUUAGGAUGGAGCAGGAUCCAGUAAAGAAAGAAGAAAAGAAAGCUAAGCUGAUGAGAGAAACGAUUCCAUUCUAUUUGUCAAAGUUUGAAAAGCAUUUGUCGGAGAACAAUGGAUUUUCUGUAGGAUCGGAGAUAACUUGGUGUGACUUCAUUUUCGCCGUAUCGCUGGAGAAUUUCGAACAUAUGUUUGGGAAGGCGGCCCUGGAUCAGUAUCCGGCGCUCAAGGCGUUGAAAAUAAAAGUCUACAGCAUCCCCAGCAUAGCCGCAUGGGUGGCCAAGAGACCAGUCACCGAAUCGUAAAAGAAAUUGGUAUUAAUCGCUAACUUAAAAAACUACACCUGUACUUAUAUAAUUUAAAAUAUAUGAAAUAACCGACUUUUACUCAAGGUUACCAGCUGUCGUGUCAGGCAGAAGAAAUACACACCUAAUUUAAAUUAAUUGAAAAUAAAUAGUAAAUGGGUCUAAUUUUCCCCAAAAUAAAUUUAAGUUAAGCCUUUCUGUAUCAUAUCAUGAAUUGCAUAUUGUUAGAGAUUAUUUUUAUAAAUGUAUAAAACAACAUCUAUCUAUAGCAUAAAUCAAACCAGAUAUGGAGACUACUAUACAGAAAUUAUAUAUAUUUUAAUAAAACAUUGACGUUAGUACAAAUCUGCAAUUGCAAAAAUCACCUUUAUGUCAGGAACUUACAUUAAUUCUAUAUUAUCAUUUAUUUUCCUAAAAAUCUCUUCACGUAAACAUUAACAAAAUUAAUUCUCUCUUGUUCCAUAUGUUUUGAAAAACCAGGCAAAGCUAUUACCUCUCCUUAACACACACUCUUUACGUAACUUUCGAUUUAAAUUUCCAAAAAACCGAAGUCAUGUGUUUUAAUUUUAACUUCGCUUCUUGGUCUGCUUGCUGAUGAGUGUAUUUUGUUAAGGUAAGAAAUUAGUGUUAGCAUUCUUAUUAUAGUGUUUGUUAAGUGUGUUCAUAAGUAGAUGAGUAAACCUUAUAAUUUUUGUAAAAUACAAUGGAGAGUAUACUGCUAUAAAA